AUGGGCGCCCAUAGGCCGUGUCUUCAGGUGAGAACCCUCACCACCUUCACACAACAGCACCCAGUACUUUUUCACUCUCACAGACCCCAUUCUAUAUCUUCUUCCCCAUCAUCAAACCACUCCUUGGAAAAUGGUGUUACACUCGAGGCUUCUUCUCUGUCAGGUUCUCUUUUGGUCGAGAAGCUACUGUUGGGUUUGAAGCAAGGUAAUCUCAAUUCUUUGCGUAACUCUCUGUUUCAGUUAAACCCACUUGUUGUAGUUGAACUUGUUCACCGCUGCCGCGACAAUUUGCCAGCGGGUCUGAAACUCGUUGACUUGAUAAUGGUAAACUGUCCGAAUCUGAAGCACUCGUCACAGUCUCUGAGUGCAAUGAUUCACAUUUUGGUGAGGGCCCGAAGGAUUUCGGAUGCCCAAGCUUUAAUGCUUAGAAUGGUUAGGAAGAGUGGCGUCUCCCGUGUUGAAAUAGUUGAGUCUUUGGUUGGAACCUGCGACAGUUCUGGCUUGGUUUUUGACUUGUUGGUUAGGACUUAUGUGCAGGCUAGGAAGUUGAGAGAAGGGUUCGAGGCGUUUAAGACACUUAGGAGCAAGGGAUUAUGUGUUUCGAUAAAUGUUGGUAAUAGUCUUCUUGGUGGACUUGUGAAGGUUGGGUGGGUAGAUUUGGCCUGGCAAGUGUAUGGGGAAGUUGUUAGCGGUGGGGUUCAGGUGAAUGUGUAUACACUAAACAUUAUGGUUAAUGCCUUGUGUAAAGAUGGUAAAAUCGAUAAGGUUAAGUCGUUCAUAUCAGACAUGGCUGAGAAGGGGGUUUCUGCAGAUAUUGUGACAUAUAAUACUCUAAUCAAUGCGUAUUGUCGUGAAGGGCUCGUAGAAGAAGCUUUUGAGUUAAAAAACUCGAUGGCUUCUAAGGGUUUGAGACCUGAGGUUUUCACAUACAAUGCUAUCAUGAAUGGGUUGUGUAGGGUAGGAAAUUAUGCAAGAGCAAAGGAAGUUUUGUAUGAGAUUUUACAGAAUGGAUUAAAUCCUGAUACUACUACGUUUAAUACACUGCUGGUUGAGAGUUGUAGAAAAGAUAAUAUUUCAGAGGCUGAAGGAAUUUUCCAUGAAAUGUCAUGUAGAGGUGUUGUUCCUGAUUUAAUCAGCUUCAGUUCAGUAAUUGGGGUGCUUUCAAGGAAUGGACAUAGUGAUCAUGCACUAUUAUAUUUUCAAGAUAUGAAAACUGCAGGCUUGGUUCCAGAUAAUGUGAUCUAUACUAUCCUUAUAGAUGGAUAUUGUAGAAAUGGUAAGGUGUUAGAGGCGUUGAAGUUGCGGGAUGAAAUGCUUGAGCAAGGCUGCGUGGUGGAUGUUAUCACCUUCAAUACUAUAUUAAAUGGACUUUGUCGGGAGAAGAUGCUUGCUGAUGCAGAGAAACUCUUCAAUGAAAUGGUGGAAAGGGGUGUCUUUCCAGAUUUUUAUACUUUCACAACACUUAUUCAUGGUUAUUGUAAAACCGGGAAUAUGACUAAAUCCUUAAGUUUGUUUGAGGCAAUGACUAGCAGAAAUAUCAAGCCUGACAUUGUCACAUACAACACAUUGAUUGAUGGGUUCUGCAAAGUAGGUGGCAUGGAUAAAGCUAAGGAGCUUUGGAGUGACAUGAUUUCUAGAAGAAUAGUCCCUACUUGCAUUUCAUAUGGCAUUCUUAUCAAUGGAUUCUGUAGCACGGGACUUGUCCAUGAGGCGCUACGUUUGUGGGACCAGAUGAUUGAAGGAGGUAUCAAACCCACCUUAGUAACUUGUAACACUGUCAUAAAGGGCUAUAGCCGCUCUGGUGACACAGAAAAGGCAUAUGAGUUCUUAGCCAAAAUGAUUUCAAAAGGAAUUGUUCCUGAUAGUAUUACUUACAACACUCUGGUUAAUGGAUAUGUAAAAGAAGACAAUCUGGAGAAAGCCUUUUUUUCAGUUAAGGAGAUGGAAAAGCAAGGACUACUGCCAGAUGUGAUUACAUACAAUGUCAUUCUUUAUGGGUUUUGUAGACAAGGUAGAUUGAAUGAAGCUGAGUUAGUUUUGCGAAAGAUGAUUGAGAGAGGUGUAAAUCCUGAUAGAUCCACUUAUACAUCAUUGAUAAAUGGACAUGUGACCCAGGACAAUUUGAGGGAGGCAUUCCGCUACCAUGAUGAAAUGCUGCAGAGGGGAUUUGUACCAGAUGAUGAAUUCUAGUUAUUGGUUUUUCUCUUGUAGCUCAAGAGGGGGAUACACUGGAUAUAGAGAGAAUAUACUCGCUAUGAUAGCUAUGAUCGCUAAUUCAGGAUACUUGAUUUUCAGCUUAUCGCUAGGUCUUAAGAUGUGAAAUGGCCCCAUCUGUAGGAACUAGAAAGUUUGAAAUUGAUGCUAUAAUGGAAAAGAGGGGAGAAUCAAAUGGGCCUUUCAUGUGCCCACCGAAACAGAACAUGCAAGUAUUCAAGAGAGGGUUCUUUUGUAUGUUGUGCUUGGACUUGUGCAAUCUCUGUUCUUGGUGUUCAGAAACUAGUCUGCAGUUGAGUUUGCGGUGAUACAGCUGCUUUGUCACAUUUUCUCUUAUCUCUGCUGCAGCAGUUCAGGUUGGAGAGGAGAAAUUUCAGAUCUUAAUGAGCCAACAAGGAUUCUUUUUGUAGGAUGAGAAUAAAGAUGGGGAAAUCUUUACAGUGCAUUUUCCUUGUAUCUUUUGCGAUCAAGAAAUGAGUUGUCUGGCCUCCGAAGAAAACAACUAUGAGGAACUUUGGUAAGCACCCAGGAGUCGGCCAAAGCCCUGGCCUUCUUUUUCUUUGGUAAAAUAAAAGGCUGAUAGUAAAUAUCAUAUUGUCCAUUUUAACUGGCUGGAAAUGAAAUGAAACGCUAAUGUGUGUGGGACUGUGGGCUAUGUCAAACUUUUGUUCUAUGACACGGAUUAUAUUAGAGCAUGUGCAAUUUUAUUUGUAUUUUGGUAGAGACGUCAAUGUCUACAGCGUCUGUUUA